GAUAGAGAGAGGGCAGAGGCAACGGCCCUCUUCUGGAGGGGGGGCUUAUUAUAACAAAUAUAUACACACAUGUGUGAACUGUUUGGCCGCACGAUAGGUCACAUGUGGAUAACAGUUAUUUUAGAAAAGCAUACAACCGCGGCUUUACAUUUAAAAUGCCUAUUUUACUUUUCCUGUUAGACACGUCCGCCUCUAUGAAUCAGCGCACUUAUUUGGGUACGACGUAUCUGGACGUUGCUAAAGGCGCGGUUGAGGUCUUUAUGAAGCUGCGUGCCCGAGACCCGGCUAGUAGAGGCGACAGGUACAUGCUAGUUACAUUCGAUGAUCCACCAUACGGAGUGAAGGCCGGCUGGAAGGAGAACCAUGCAACUUUCAUGUGCGAGCUGAAGAAUCUGCAGGCAUCUGGGCUGACUACACUAGGUCACGCUCUUCGCACAGCCUUUGACCUGCUUAACCUCAACCGCCUUGUCUCAGGCAUUGACAAUUAUGGACAGGGACGUAACCCCUUCUUCCUGGAGCCAUCUGUGAUCAUCACUAUCACUGAUGGGAACAAGCUCACACACAGCUCUGGGGUGCCAGAUGAGCUGCACCUGCCUCUGAACUCUCCUUUGGCAGGCAGUGAACUGACCAAAGAGCCCUUUCGGUGGGACCAGCGUCUGUUUGCCUUGGUCCUGAGGCUGCCAGGAGCAGCAACACCCGACAAUGAACAGCUCGGCAGCGUCCCCACAGAUGAGUCUGCUAUCACCCAGAUGUGUGAAGUCACUGGAGGGCGAUCGUACUGUGUACGGACACAGAGGAUGUUGAACCAGUGUCUGGAAUCUCUGGUCCAAAAGGUGCAAAGCGGCGUUGUCAUUAAUUUUGAGAAGACAGGGCCAGAUCCGCCUCUCAUUGGGGAAGAGAACUCAGUGGAGUCAAGUCGUCCUGUGUCAUCCUUCAGCCCACAGCCGUGGCACAGUUGCCACAAACUCAUCUACGUGCGGCCGAACCCAAAGACCGGAGUGCCAGUUGGGCAUUGGCCCAUACCAGAGUCCUUCUGGCCGGACCAGAAUUCUCCCACACUGCCGCCUCGCUCUGCUCAUCCCAUGGUGCGUUUCUCGUGUGUGGACUGUGAACCCAUGGUGAUUGACAAACUCCCCUUUGACAAGUAUGAACUGGAGCCUUCUCCACUCACCCAGUACAUCCUGGAAAGGAAGUCUCCACACAUGUGCUGGCAGGUGUUUGUCAGCAGCAGUGGGAAACAAAAUGACCUGGGACAGCCAUUUGGGUACCUUAAAGCCAGCACGACUCUCACCUGUGUCAACCUGUUUGUCAUGCCUUAUAACUACCCAGUCCUUCUCCCACUCCUCGAUGAUUUGUUUAAAGUGCACAAACUAAAACCAAACAUCAAGUGGCGACAGGCCUUUGAGAUGUACCUGAAGACAAUGCCUCCAUACUACCUCUUGCCCUUAAAAAAGGCGUUGAGGAUGAUGGGUGCACCUAACCUUAUUGCAGACACCAUCGACUGCGGCCUGAGCUACAGCGUCAUCUCAUAUCUAAAGAAGCUCAGCCAGCAGGCAAAGAUUGAAUCAGAGCGUUUAAUCGUGUCCGUGGGGAAGAAGGCUCCCCAGGAAACUGGCAUAAAGGUGAAGAACCACUCCAGCUCUCUCUCUCUGGCCCACCGGCGAGACUUCAAGCAGCUGCUUCAGGGAAUCACCGGGGAGGGGCCUCUUCGUCUGGUGGACCUCAACUUCAAAGAGUUCGCCGGCUUCCAGAUCGCCCUGCUCAACAAGGAUGUAAAACCUCAGGCUUAUCGAAAUGCCUACGACAUCCCAAGACGGAACCUUCUGGAUCAGCUCACCCGCAUGCGCUCCAAUCUGCUGAGGACAUCGCAGAAACUGAUCCGAGGGCAAGACGAAGACUACCUGCACAGUAUUCCAGUGGCUCAGAUGGGAAACUAUCAGGAGUACCUAAAAAUGAUGCCAUCUCCUCUCAGAGAGAUUGACCCUGACCAACCUAAACGUCUGCACACAUUUGGGAAUCCUUUCAAACAGGACAAGAAGGGCAUGAUGAUCGACGAGGCAGAUGAGUUUGUAGCGGGCCCUCAAAGUAAGAAAAGAGGAAAUUCCAAUGAUUCCAACUCGAGUGCUACUAUGAAGAGAAGGCGAAGUAUGUCCCCGUUGCUGCGGCGGCCACAGACUCCACCAGGGAACACCAACCAUGUGGUGGGAAAGAGUCCGGUAGGAGUUCAAGGGCAGCAGAACCUCAUUAAACCCAUCCCACAGCACAAAGGAGUGGAUGGCAACAACUUGGUGGUCCCUGAGAGUAAUGGUGACGGGGUUCUUGGGCCUGAGUCGGGGGACAUCUGGCCCACUGAGAUGGACCCUGUGGCAGGAAACCCAUCCUCACUGACCCUGGAGGAGAAGACCGGGGUGGGAGCAGUGGAUCGGGGAGAGGACGUCAACAUGACGGAGGAGAGACUCGUGGAAGACUGUUUAGACGAGCAGCCGCUGGAGGAGAAACACAACUGUGAACGGCUGAGUCCGCAGAGCCAGCUGGAGGCCUCUGAAGUUGACCCUGCAGUGCUUGAGACCAUUUUUAUAGCUCCGCUUGAUGGAAGCCAAGCAGAGCUGCGGACGCGGGUCAUAAAAGAGGUCCGCAAGCCCGGGCGAAACUAUGAGGCAAUACUUUCACUACUGCAGCAGGUGAAAGGACCACUUAAUGUUCAAAGGUACUUCAUCCAGCAUGCUAUCAAAGAGGCUGUCAGGUUCAAGAAGCGGGUACUGAUCCAGCAGCUGGAGUUGGCCCUCGCUGAGUUGGAGGAGAGGCACGUAACAUCCUCACAGCUUCCCAACGACCAUGGCAGAUAGUGAUGAAUCCAUCUUUGCUUUGUGACUGAACUAUAUUUGGUUCACCAUUUGAAAAUCACCACCAUAAAAGAGAUGUCCUUUUUGAUUGGCCUCAAAAAGACAAACUGGGGAACUAGAGGAGGAAAAGGACAAGUGCACUGAGAGCAGAUGCUUCUACUGUCCCUGUGCUGUUACAUCACAUCCUGUUUGAGGCGGAGGGUAAGGGGUUUAACUGGAGGAGGAGCCUUCAGCACAGAUCCACUGAGGAUGAGUAAAGAGACUUUAAAUAUAAUCCUCUUCAAAUUGACAGAUGCCUUAAACAUCCAUACGGCUUUUGUCUGUAUCGGCACAUUGUUCAGAAGACACACACACACUCCGUGAGACAGACACACAGUAAGCUGGCAGAUCCCUUAAUGGCAGAGCAAGGGAUGGACAGGAUUAGUCCUGUUAUUGUUAUUCUUUAAAAACAGACCUUUCUUCAGCUGGUCUGAAAAGUGUUUGUAAAACUGCAACCAUUUUUUUCUAGAGUAAUAAACCUGAUGUAGCUGUCUGGCUGUCAGGAGAAAUCUGUUCCCACUGGGCACCCCUCAUGUUUUCAGUGUUAGAUCUGCAUAAAGGAUGCACUGAUGUCGAAACUGUUACCCAAUAUUUUCCCAUUCUUAUUGGAUGAUGUUGAUAUGCAGUAGCAUUAGUGGUGGACAAUAUGGAUAAAAUCUGUGAGCACAUGUGUAACUUCGUGUUGCAGUAGCAACAUAAGUGGUGAUAUAUCAACACUUUACUGGAACUUCUAUUGAGAAAACUCCAACACAUAAAAAAUACCCAGAUGGAAAUGUGUAUUUUUGGAGAAUCCAGUCAGAUACUCCGUCCGUACUUCAGACAGAUACUCCGUCACACUGAUACAGUGAUGUUGUAUUUCCAAUAUUUCCAUAUGAAAGGGAUUGUUACCCCAGUAUACAGUGAAUUCUAAAGCAAAAUCAUGAUUGGUAGACAAAUUUCUCUCAUCUCACAGGACAGCUGCCAUAUUGCCCACCCAUUUUAGUUCAUAAAAAGGAAAAAGAUGAAACUUCACACAAGGUCAUGAAGUCAAUUUUAAAUGUCCAAACUAUUUUGUUACUAAUUUGACAGUUAUACUGACAUUUCCCUGGAAACAAACGUCACACAGCAACAGUGCUUUUUAAAGCUGAAAUUGAUGAACAUAGUAAAUAGAAAUAUCAGUGUUUUUCACAUUAGUGUGUUGGACCAGAAAUGGACUCAUUGUGUCCAUGAAACACCUCACCCAAGACUGUUGUCUUUGCUGAGUUAGUGACUGUGCAUCAGUGUCUUCUUACCUGCCAUUACAGCAAUAGAACAUGGGUUCAGUGAAUGCAGCUAUUGAUAUCCCAAAACACACACACACACACACACACAAAUCUUCCUCCUCCAGCACAACAAACACUCCAUUGAUUCCCAGAAUUACCACUUUAUUCAGAGGAAUUUCUGCAUCUGUCCGGGCUCAGUGGACUUUAACAGCUGGUAAUUUACCCUCUGCAGCUUUUUACAUAAACCCGAGUUAGCGCUCCUCCUUCGUUCUCCCCGUUUUUACCACAGAUGUACACUACUUUUUAAUGUUCAUAAGGAAUAUAGAUUAUUUUUGUGAAUUUGUUUAUUUCAGAGUAUAAGAAAUAUUUUGAAAGAAAAUGUUUAAAGCCAAUUUUUGUAAACUGUUGAGAACAUAUACAAAGUGUAAAAUUUUAUGAAACUUACUCUUUUUUUUUAACAAAAGAAAAAAUAAACCACGGAUAGAAUGGUA